CCCUUGCAUUUUUUAUACUUUAACUGCAAAAAACAAUUUUACGGCCAGUUUUUUUUUUUAAAUUAUGCAUUAAUAUUUAUUUCUUAUUCUUUAAUUUUAUAUCACAUCAGUGAUUACAAAUAACGCAGUGCUGAAAAACAACGGUUGGAACCUGAUGUAACCGUACUUCUCACCCCACACUGGACAGUACGAACUGUUGUUGGUUUGUUUUGUUUCGGUCCAAGGUUCCUUUCACUCACUGCGUUUGAAAGAAAACAAGGCAAAGCUGCCCUUGAACUGUUUUAGCUUCGGUGUACUCUUUUACGGGAUUCGUCAUCCAGAAGCAAGAGCGUUUUUCAAGUAUUUCAAGCCAACAAGUCACAGAAAUAUCAACGCAGCUCAGAAAGAUUGGUGGGUUAUAUCUUUGUGCCCCUUUUAUCACAACAGCUUCUUCAACGCUGUUCAAUCGUAACGUGCAGAAUAAGCUUAAAUUCGGAUAAUUUGCGGAGUAAUAAAGACAACGUCAGAUCAGCAUAUAAUGGGUGGAGCCGUAAGUGCAGGAAAAGACAACGAUGAGCUGGUUGACAAUUUAAAAGAGAUGAACUACAUCAAAUCACCAGAAGUUGAGCAUGUCUUGCGGGUUGUGAACAGGGCUGACUAUUUUCCUGAGGAAACAAAACAACAUGCUUACAAAGAUUUGGCUUGGAAAAGUGGGAACAUACAUCUAUCAGCUCCUUGCAUUUACUCUCAAGUCCUAGAAUCACUUGAACUGAAGGAAGGAUUGUCAUUCUUGAAUCUUGGCAGCGGUACUGGUUACUUGUCAACUAUGGUCGGCUUAAUUAUUGGUUCUAACGGCAUUAAUCAUGGGGUUGAAUUGUUUGAGGAUGUCGUCGAAUUUGCGGAGGAGAAACUCAAGAUGUUUAAAAAGACUAACCCAGUUUACCAAGGAACAAAUUUUGGUGAACCAGUGUUUAUCGUUGGGAACUGUUUGUGUCUCAAUACACAUUAUAGACAGUACGACCGUGUGUAUUGUGGUGCAGCAUGUCCUAAUGAAAAUGAAGAGUACAUGAAGUCUUUAGUGAGAGUGGGUGGUAUUUUGGUUAUGCCUUUCAAUGACAAGCUGUGUAGAAUGCGUCGCAUCGGGGAGACCGAGUGGGACACUGAGGGUGUACUUCCAGUGUCUUUUGCCCCGCUGAUCAGUUGCAAAGAAAUGAAGAAAGGAUUGGAGCCAUUCAUUGAAAUACGUAAGUUAUAAAUAUGAUUGAUGCCAAAUGAACAAAAUUCACUACAGGUAAAACGUUAAUAGGUAAAGGUAAUGCCUGCAAUAUGGACCCCACGCUAGUUCAAUAACAUAUAUUUAUUAUACAUUGAACUCACUACCUC